AUGCCAGUAAAGUUUAACUUUGAGCUGAAAUGGGGCGACGCGGCUAGAAAAAAGGCGGACGAUGAAAAGAAAAAGGCAGAAGAAGCGAAGAAAGCCGCGGCCAAGGGAUUGCCAGCUGCUAACGUCGGCAACCAGGAUUCAUCUUCAAGUUCGUCGGAUGGGGAGGAUGGUGAGUUUUGACCUUUUUUAUAUGACCUAUUGCCUUUUUGACAGUAUUUUUGAGUAUAAGAAUUUACAGCCUGUGGUAUCACGACUAAUUGCUUUAUUAACUUUAAUUUUAGGUAAUAAAUAUUAUUUUUGGAAAAUUUGAGAUGAAUGUCUUUGUGUUCUGAUAAUUUUAUUUACUAUUUUAGGUAACAAAAAUUCUUUUUAACGCGUAUAGGCUUUAAAUGGUCAUUCUUUUGUUAUUUUAGGUAAAACCUUAUUUAAAUCGUUAUUUUUACAUUGUUUUAGGUAACAAAACUUGAUUUUUUUCCAUUUCAGCAAGGGACCAUGUCUUUUCUUUAUUUUUUAAAAAUUUGUCUUGAACAUACCUUUUUUAGCUUUAAACUUGGCUUUUUAGCUUUAGGCUUAAAUCAUGGUUAAAUUUUUUUCACCUUUUUUCAGGUGCGAGCAAGAAGCUCUUGCCAGUGCCAGCAAACGCCUUGAAUAAGGACGCGUUGAAGCCAGCAGAGUUUGAAAAACCGUCCAAAAUUCAGGAUGCUUCGAAAAUAUUGUCCCAAGCGCCUGGCCAAAAAACCGGAUCACCUGCCCAAAAGCCUGAAUCACCGGCCCAAAAACCUGAAUCUCCAGCACAAAAACCCGAGUCUCCGGCACAAAAACCUGAGUCUCCAGCACAAAAACCAGAAUCUCCGGCACAAAAGGACGAUGCUGUGUCGCCGGCGGCGGAAAAGAAGAUUGAAGAGUACAAGAAGCCACCAACACCGGCCGCUCCCAAACCCGAUGAAGAUGUGAACGAGGACCAGCAGAAGAAAAUGGCAAACACCAAGAGCAAGCGGCAAACUCGUGCCAAAUCGGCCGCUAGUACAGCCGUUAGUACAAUUGAGCCUAAAACUAUAUUUUUUGUAGAUUAUUAACUUUUUAUUCGUUUAACCUUCUUAAAUGUCGUAUUUCAGUCUGUAAAACAGAAGAAACCGAGCGUAGGUACGGCGGAGAAAAUUGUCAAAGACACCAAUAUUGAAUCGUCAGGUGUAGAUGAUAAGGGUAUGGUAGUUUUUAUAGGGAUAAGUCUUUAUAUUGAAUGUUUAAAGCUAUUACUUUGGGAGGGUAUAGAAGAAUAUUAUUACCUUUGUGUAACGAUGACAUAUUUUUUAGAGAAAGAUGAAAUCAACGGCGCGGCCGAAGACGAAGAUUACGCUGAACUGAGGGAAGAAAUUGAAAAGUUUUUCUUCUUUGAUGUGAGUUUUGAACCUGUUUUUUUAAUAUAAAUGGCUGCUUUUUAAAAAUUUGUUGAGCUAAGCCUAUAUUUUCUAAUCCUAAGCUUGUUAUGUCAUGCCUUUUAAGCAUGAGACUUAAAUUACUAAAAUGUGAUUAAUUUUUUGACAUUUUAGUACAAUCCAGUGAUAAAGGACGCGACCAGCACGGUACUGUUUAUGACGCCCGGCGAAAACGUCAAAUCCAUCUUUCCGUCAUGGCACGUAUUAUCCAACAAGUACGGCGUCUAUCACAAGUACAACGCCAACAUGCCGGACUCAGUACCGUCACGACGAUUGGGCCUGAAAUGCUUCAAGUACGACCCGCCACUGACCAAAGGGGGCGCCUCCGAAGCCUAUCGAAUGGCCAUUUCGAUGAAGCGUUCACGCCAGGCCGUCACCAAGAUUUACUCAGCCCCAGCGUUGGCAUGCGUGGAAACCGGCUCCAUCAUCGCCAAGGUCUUGAUUGAUGGUGGGGUGAACAUUGAACAUGGCCUGGACAACCUAACAACCGUCGACGGCCACGAACGGUUCGUCUACAUGUCAAUUCGCGACUUUGAGAAGGCCAAUUACCGUGUGAACCCGCUCUACAAGAGCUGCCAAUCCCCCACCUACCGUGUCACCACCCCCAUCACUGACGAAGUUUUGGCUACACGGAAUCAGAACACAAUUGAUGCCAUCGUGAAGGAGAACAGGGUGGAUGCAGUGAUUGUCAUUGCUGAGAGGCGUGUCAUCAUGAAUAUGAUUUGUAAACUGAUUGGGAUCAAGGGAUACCCAGUGAUUGAUGAGCCGGUAAUCGAAAGACUGCUCCCAGAUACUGCAGUUGUUUCCUUGAAGCAAAAAAUUGUGGUGAGUUGGGACGAAUUUUUUGGAUUUUAAAUAUUUUUUAAAUUAAAAAUUUUUUUUUGCAAAAUUUUGGCAUUUUUUGAAAUUUCAAGCUCUUCAGCUCUAUUCUUCUAAUUUCAGGGCUCAAAAAACUACGAUUUCACUACGGACGGACAAAUUGUGCCAUUUACAACCGCCACUUUCUCAAACUACGUCGACGUUGCCGAGAUCAAAAAGUACUUUACUGGAUCGGGAUAA